AUGGAUAGACUGUAUUUGGAAUCGAAUAAUAUGCUAGAAGAUGUGAACAGAUCUUUAUCGAUGCUUGAAGUGUCGAAGGAUUCAGAUGUAGCAGAUCGGUUGUCCCAGAGGGUGCAUUGUUUGCUAGAGCAGAUAUUGUCCAACUGUGAUACACUUGACACCCUCGCAAUGAAGGAGCCGGCUCCAAAGCGAAAGCAUUUUAAACUAGCUACAGAUCAGCUGCGCUAUGACUGUACGUUCGUCAGGAAGUCAUUGUCGCAAAUCCAGUACAAGCUGCAACGACAGUGGUUAGCGGAGAAAGAGCGUGCGGAUCUUUUGAGCAGGCCUUAUAAAGCAAACGAAAGCACGACUGUCUAUUUGGACAGCGCUGAACUGAACGUCAACGACAGCCUCAAAUCAUCACAUCGUAACUUGGAUCUGCUGAUCUCCAAUGGUUACAACAUCCUAGGUAUUUUUAACCAGUAGUU